CGGGAGUGUCCCCGCACUGGGGACACCCCACGGCCUCCCCACCAUGGACCCGCUGACCCUGACCCUCCUGGCGAUGACCGCACUGACCGCGGCCACCACCGUGCCCCCCGGUGACAGUGCCACCGCCGUGGUGGUGGCCCUGGACAUGGCCCGGGACUCCUUCGAUGACCAGUACCGGGGCUGCGGCCGCGCCAUGGCCGCCGCGCUGCCGGCCCUCAACCACUCCGAGCUCCGGCACGGCGCUGCCUUCGCCGAGGCCUGGGCUCUGGCCGCGGCCGAGUGGCGCGUCCGGCUGUCCCCUGGCUCCCCUGGGUCCCCUCGGUCCCCCGGGUCCCCUCUGUCCCCAGCCCAGGCCGUGGCCCUGCUGGCCUACACGGCGCCGGUGCCGUUACACCGCGAGUUCAACGCGGCCGUGCGCGCGGCCGGGCGCUCCCGCCGCGAGUACCGGGACAACUUCCACUUCAAAACGCUGCACUUCCUGCUGACCCAGGCCCUGGGGACGCUGCGGGCCGCUCAGGGAUCCCGGUGUCACCGCGUGUUCCGGGGCGUGCGCGGGGUGCGCUUCGAGGCGCGGCGCGGUGACACCGUGCGCUUCGGUCACUUCGCGUCGGCGUCGCUGCGCAACGAGAGCUCCUGGGGCUUCGGCACGGACGCGGCCUUCCAGGUGCUCACCUGCCAGGGCGCGGCCAUCCGGGAAUUCUCCUUCUUCCCGCACGAGGAGGAGGUGCUGAUCCCGCCCUUCGAGACCUUCGAGGUCACCGACGUCGCCAACGUCACCAAGAGUGGGGACAAGGCGCGGAUCCAGCUGCGCUCCACCGGGACCUUCAGCAACUACAACUGCGAGUGGCUGCGAGGUGACAGCACAGGGGACAUUGCCUGGGGGACGGGGACACCUGCAGACCAGCGCUGUGGGGAUGGGCCCUGUGUGUUUGACGCAGGCAGGAACAUCCCUGGGGACCUCCCCCACCUCGGAGGGCUCCUCCUGGCCACUGCAGCCCUGGCAGUGGCCACUGGGAUCUGCUAAGCCACCAGGCUGCCAAGACCACCAUGGUCAUUGUGGUCACCGUGGUCAACAAAGCCACUUGCACCCCCCAAGCCAUGAGGCCACCAAGGUCACUGAGGUCUCUAAAGUCACCAUGGCCUCUGUGGCCACUGUGACUAGCAAGGCCACCAUGACCUCUGUGGCCACCAAGACAGGACAAGAGAGGGGACAACAGUGAAGCCACAGGUGCCACCAGGAUGUUGGGACAGGGGGACCCUGCAUGUGCCAUGGCUGUGGUUCUUCACUUUUUGGUCUUUUUUUUGCCUCCCUUUCCAAUAAUUUUAAUUUUUCUUCCCAAUUAUUAAACUGGAUUUACUUCAAUUUAACCCUCUGGAGAAGGAGGAUGAGGAGGAAGGACAGAGGAACCCUCAGGGCAGGGGUGGAACUGAGUGGUCUUGAAGGUGCUUUCGCAUCCCAAAUUAUCCUGGAAUUCCAGGAUUUCCUGCAGGCAGGAGGAAGAGGGACAGGAAGAGGAAAAGGAGGAGAAGGAGGUGGAGGAAGAGGGUUCUGAGGGUGGGACAAAUCGCUGAAGAGUUGAAUUUUCUACCCCAACAACCCAGAAAAGGCCUCAGCAUUCUAAGGUGAAGGGUGGGAUGAAGGAUCCAUGUCUGGGGGUGACAUUCUGUCCUGGUGUGUCUGGG